AUGCAGAGCUACAAGUACGACAAGGCGAUCCCGCCGGAGAGCAAGAAUGGGGGCAGCCCGGCGCUCAACAACAACCCGGCCAAGAGCAGCAGCAAGAAAGCCCUGCUCAUCUGCCUCGACUGCCUCUGCCUCGUCAUGGCUGGGUUGCCCUUCCUCAUCAUCGAGACAAGCACAAUCCAGCCCUACCAGAGGGGCUUCUACUGCGACGACGACAGCAUCAGGUACCCGCAGAAGAACGUGGAAACCAUCAACGACGCGGUGCUGUGUGCUGCAGGCAUCCUCAUCGCCAUCCUGGCGAUUAUAACGGGAGAGCUCUACCGCAUCCACUACCUGAAGGAGAAAUCCCGCUCCUUCAUCCAGAACCCCUACGUGGCAGCUCUCUACAAGCAAGUGGGCUGCUUUGUUUUUGGCUGUGCCAUCAGCCAGUCCUUCACAGACAUUGCCAAAGUGUCCGUCGGGCGCUUGCGGCCGCAUUUCCUGGCGGUUUGCGACUUGGAUUUCUCCACCAUCAACUGCGCCAAGGGAGUUUACAUCCAGAACUACACCUGCAGGGGAAGUGACAGCAGGGUGCAGGAAGCCAGGAAAUCCUUCUUCUCCGGGCACGCGUCCUUCUCCCUGUACACCAUGCUGUACUUGGUGUUCUAUCUGCAGGCCAGAUUCACGUGGAAGGGAGCCCGCCUGCUCCGUCCCCUGCUGCAGUUCACCCUGAUCAUGAUGGCGUUUUACACCGGGCUGUCCCGCGUGUCCGACCACAAGCACCACCCCACCGACGUGCUGGCAGGCUUUGCACAGGGAGCCCUGGUGGCUUACUGCGUGGUGUUUUAUGUCUCAGAUCUCUUCAAACCCAAGACAAAGACUUGCCUGCCUCCACCUCCCAUCCGGAAGGAGAUCCUUUCACCUGUGGACAUCAUUGAGAGGAAUAAUCAUCACAACAUGGUGUAGAACUUCGAGGAAUCAGAUGGGUGUUGUAUUUUAAUUUUUUUUUUUUUUUGCAAAAAAAAAAAAAAAAGUGACUGCUGACAGCAACUACCUGCUGCUCUCAAAUCUCAUCAGACAGUAGAAUGUAGGGAGAGACUUUCUUGCCCGACCAGUAAAGUCUUACUCUGUGGUCUUUUCAACUUGUGACAUUUGGAUGAAAGGGGUGGUGGUGGUCAACUAAGGCAAAGGCAACAGUGAGAAAGGAAAAAGAAAAACCCACACUACACAAAAAGCCGAACAAACAAAGAGAGGUGCCGGAGUUCUGGAUGUGCAAUUGGUUUGAGUGUUCAUGUUGUAGUGAACGCCAAAUUGUUCCUAGCCCAAUGAACACUAAGGGAUUUUUGGAAAACUGGCCAUCCUAGAUUUUUUUCGGACUACGAAGAUUUCCGAUGCCUACGAGAAAAUAAACCAACACGCGACUAAAUUGUAUAGCACUACGUAUGAGCAACAGCACUGAGUCAAGAUCUGGGAUUGGUUUGUGAGAGUUGCUAUUUUCUCUUCUUGAUCCUAGUUUAUUUUGCCUCCUCUCUUCCAUACUGUGACUUAAUUUAGAAGAAGCUUGCCCAGUCCAAGGUCUCCGCAGGGUCUCCGUUCUCCCUGCUCACACCACACGCCUUUAAUGAGCGGCCCGAGCCGCGCAGCGAGGCCGGAGAGCUCCUUCCUCCGCACAGAGAAGCCACAUUUCUUCCUCCCCGCUCGCUCCCUGGCGAGGGCUCGCCCCACCCGAGCCCCCUAAAUGAAAAGAGCAUCCUCCACUUCCCAGCCAUCCCCUUUCCCCAGAGGAAAAUCCCGGCAGGUUUCGUGCGCGGGAGCCGGCGGUUUGCGCCGGGGGAGCGGCGGCUCUGCCGAAGACUCGUUCGCACUACGACCCCGGGGCUGAGUCCCGGGGAAACUUUUAUUCUGCAGUUUUGGGACGGGCUGCUGGGCGGCACGUCCCGGCCUGGGUGUCAGUCGGUUUGUGCAUCCCCUCCUCUCCUCCUCCUCCUCCUCCUCCUCCUGCUGCUCCUGGGGCAGCCCGGGGUGCGCCAUGGCAGUACCAGGUCCUGUGCUCCGCUGGGUCACUCCGGUGGGAAAUCAGCUGUGCCUCUCUCGGGGGUGAUGAUGGAAGUUAUUUUUUUGCCCAGAAGCCACAGGUGCUUGGUUUGCAGCCCUUCCACGAAGCGCAUUUGCAAAGGGAUCCCGCAGAACAUGCAGAAACGGCCAUUUGCACAUCCUUCUCACAGAAUCCGUCCUAUCAUUUCAACUUAUAGCAAGCUAUGAUUUUUUUUUAUAUUAUAAAUAUUAUAUAAAUAAUGUAUAAAACCUUAAAAAUUAACUAUGUAAAAUAUUAUUUCUGAAACAAUUUUAGAUAUAUCCACUAUGACUAUAAACUGUGUCCUGACCUGUGUUAUUUACAUUUUGCUGCUUAAAAAAGCAUUGAAUUAAUUUUUUUAUAGUCGACUAAAAUAUUGUAGUUCUGUGGUAGUAAUAUUUUAAUGAAAAUAACUACAAUUAGAGACAUUUGUAUAAAAAAACAUAUUAAAUUGUCUGUAUUUUUGUAAUGUUCCAUUUUGUAAAGAGAAGAAUAUUCAAAGACUUUUGUAGAAUACAAAAUUGAAGUUUGUAUCUGCGAAAUUAUUGCUGUAUAAAUGUGCUUUUUAAAUAAAAGCUCAUAACACAACUAAA